AAGCAGUUCCCGUAGCGGAUGUUUCUCUCACUCCUCCCCCACUCCUGACGAUCUCUAGCUUCCUGUGAGGAGAAAAUGGAAAGUGCGGCCCCCGUUACUGGGGUGAAAAUGCACCAUGGCAACGGUCCUCAGAAUGCUCAGCGUCAGCUCCAGAGGUCCAGAUCUUUCACAGGAAGUGAGGGAGAAGAGCAGCAAACAAACUUACCACAGUCCCCUGCAGCUUCAUUUGCUCCUUCUGCAAGUCCUUCUGCACCACAGUCCCCCAGCUACCAAAUACAGCAAUUUAUAAUGAGUAGAAGUCCAGUAGCUGGGCAGAAUGUGAACAUCACACUGCAGAAUGUUGGACCAGUAGCAUCAGGAAAUCAACAAAUAACACUUACCCCAUUGCCAAUAUCAAAUCCAACGUCACCAAAUUUUCAGUUUAGCCCUCAGCAAAGGAGGUUUGAACAUGGAUCUCCGUCGUAUAUUCAAGUUACUUCACCAUUGCCCCAGCAGGUUCAGUCUCAAAGCCCUACACAACCCAGUCCUGUACCAGUCCAGUCAUUACCAAAUGUUCGGGCAGGCACUCCAGGCUCUGGCUUAGGUAUGUGUAGCCAGAGCCCUACUAGAGGAUUUGUUGAUGCUAGUGUGCUUGUGCGACAGAUCAGUCUGAGCCCUUCAAAUGGUGGACACUUCGUAUAUCAAGAAGGAUCUGGAAUUGCACAAAUUGCUCAAGGAGCUACAGCACAGGUACAACUUCCAUCUUCUGGGGCACCUGCAACUAUACGAGAACGCAGGCUUUCACAACCUCAUUCACAGACUGGUGGCACCAUUCAUCAUCUUGGACCUCAAAGUCCUGUGGCUAGUGGAGCAAAUAUACAACCUUUGACUAGCCCAGGUCAUAUUACAACUUCUAACUUGCCACCACAAAUCAGUAAUAUUAUUCAAGGGCAACUCAUGCAGCAACAGCAGCAAGUGCUUCAAGGACAGCAAUUGAACAGACCCAUAGGAUAUGAUAGGGCUUCUGGUGGAUUAAUAACUGGAGUUGGAGGGCCUCCUGCUUUUGGAAUGACGUCGCCACCCCCUCCUACAAGCCCUUCACGAGUCAAUGUACCGCAGGGCUUGUCUAAUCUUCCUCUUACUCCUACAGUAAGUACAGGAGUGAAAAAACAACCUAAAAAAUUGGAGGAGAUUCCACCUGCUACCCAAGAAACAGCUCACAUGAGAAAGCAGUGCUUGGAUCAUCAUCACAAACAGAUGGAGAUUCUUAGGGAGACUUUUAAGGAAUAUUUAAUUGAACUAUUUUUCUUACAACAUCUUCAAGGGAAUAUGAUGGACUUCUUAGCUUUUAAGAAGAAACACUGUGUUCCAUUACAAGCAUAUCUUAGGCAAAAUGACUUGGACCUUGAGGAGGAAGAAGAGGAGGAACAAUCUGAAGUUAUCAAUGAUGAGGUAAAGAUUGUGACAGGAAAGGAUGGGCAGACUGGUACUCCUGUUGCUAUAGCAACCCAGCUUCCUCCAAAUGUUUCUGCUGCUUUUUCAUCACAGCAGCAACCGUUUCAGCAAACACAUACAGUGACACCAGUUACGGGGACUGUGAAUGCCAUAGAAAUUGAAGCUUUUAAGAGACAGCAAGCACUUACUCCAUCAGAUUCGUCUAAAAGACCACGAAUUGAAGUGAGCCGUCAUGGGAUGGUUUUUCAGCAUCCAGGUGUGGCUUCAGGAGUUCCUCUACAACAACUAAUGCCAACGGCACAAGGUGGCAUGCCUCCAACUCCUCAAGCAGUACAGCUCACUGGACAGAAACAAAGCCAGCAACAGUACGACCCCUCCAAAGGUCCUCCUGUGCAGAAUGCAGCAAGUUUACACACUCCUCCACCUCAGCUGCCGGGCAGGUUGCAACCUGCCAAUGUUCCCAUAACAUCUCUCCCAGCUGCAUUGCAGCUUUCACAGAAACAGCCACAAAUAGUAGAGUCUUCAGCACAGCCCCAGAUUCAGGUGAAGACCCCACCCCAAAGUGUACCCAUCACUUCUGCUCCACAUAGUCAGCUCCCGACAUCACUUCAACAGCAGGUGCAGCCAGCACUCCACAUACAAGGGCAGACACCAGCACAAGUGUCCCAGCCUCAGGCUGCAAUUCAGCAACAGACUGUGACGCUGACGCGACCAUCUGCAGAUGCAGCCCAGACUUCUCAGCGUCUUACAGCGAAUUCAUUACCACCUACAUCCUCUGCUCCACCAGCAACUCUCUCAGGCUCAGCACCUCUUCCUUCGUAUCCAUUACAGACAAAUCGAACCUCUCCAGUAACUAAAUCACUGUCUCCUAUUGCAUCAAAACCCCCAGGCUUAGCUGUAACUACAACACCUAAAACAGAAAGUCCAGCUCAGAAUGCAGCAGUGUUACCACAGGAUAGCUCUCAAGACAAGCUUGCUGAGCAAGUAAAAUUGGAAAAUCAAAUCCAUCAACGAAUAGCAGAAUUGAGGAAGGAAGGCUUGUGGUCUCUGAGGCGAUUGCCCAAACUUCAGGAGGCCCCAAGAUCCAAAUCUCACUGGGAUUAUCUGCUAGAAGAAAUGCAAUGGAUGGCAACUGAUUUUGCUCAAGAGAGAAGGUGGAAGAUGGCUACUGCUAAAAAGAUGGUGAGAACUGUUGCUCGCCACCAUGAGGAAAAGAAACUUAAUGAAGAGAGAACAAGCAAAGAGGAACAAAACAAGUUAAGGCGCAUUGCUGCUUCAAUUGCUAGAGAAAUAGAAUACUUCUGGUCAAAUAUUGAACAGGUUGUUGAAAUAAAACUGCAAAUUGAAUUUCAAGAGAAAAGGAAAAAAACAUUGAAUUUGAGAAAAAGUUCAAAAAAAGGGAAAGAUACAAGACCUGUAGAGGCUAUUUCUUUGGAAAAAGAAAGUGAUGUGGGUGCCUUGUUAUCUGGAAGGAAAAGAAAGGCCAGCACAUCCUUGACUGAUGAAGAAGCUGAAGAUGAAGAGGAGACAAUUGAAGAGCAAGAGGCUAAAGAAGGAAAUAUAAACCAUCAAACUGAACUUUCUAACUUAGCCAAAGAAGCUGAAUUGCCUUUGGAUGAUUUAGUAAAGAUGUAUGAAGGUGCCUUUUCAGAGAAUUUUCAGUGGCCCCAGCCUAAGCCUGACAAUAAAGAGGACACCAGUGAAGAAGAAUCAGAAGACCGUACACGGGACCAGGAGAAUCUUCAAAAAGAAGUGGUACUCAUAGAUUCACUUCUGAACAUUGAUCAGCACAAGGGUGUAGAGAGAACAAAUGCUUCAAAAAAGUACUCAAAAGACAUAACAGAAGUUGCUGCAGCUGCAGAAGCACUGUUACCUAAAGGGAGUGCUCGUAUCUUGACAGCGGUAAAAUACAAUACUCCAUCUUUAUUGUAUGGGACUCUUAGAGAGUAUCAGAAGAUUGGGCUGGACUGGUUAGCAAAACUGUAUAAAAAGAAUCUCAAUGGUAUUCUGGCAGAUGAGGCUGGGCUUGGCAAAACUGUGCAAGUCAUUGCCUUUUUUGCACAUCUGGCUUGUAAUGAAGGUAAUUGGGGACCUCAUCUUGUUGUUGUACGGAGUUGUAACAUACUAAAAUGGGAGCUUGAAUUGAAACGUUGGUGCCCUGGAUUGAAAAUUCUUUUGUACUUUGGCAGCCAAAGAGAACUUAGAGCAAAGAGAGAGGAAUGGACAGAACCCAACAGCUUUAAUGCAUGUAUCACUUCAUACAAGCAGCUGUUUAAAAGCAGCCAUGCAUUCAUGAAAAUGCGAUGGAAGUAUCUAGUUCUAGAUGAAAUGCAGCAAAUUAAAAACAUGUCCGAGAAACACUGGGAGGCACUCUUCAGUCUCCGAAGCCAGCGUCGUCUGCUACUGAUAGACACUCCUUUGCAUAACACAUUGAUGGAGUUGUGGACUAUGGUACAUUUUCUAAUUCCAGGAAUUUCCAGACCUUAUUUGGAUUUCCCAGUGAAGGCAGCCAAUGAGGAGAAUCAGGAUUAUUGCCAUAAACUUGUUAUAAGAUUGCACAGAAUGAUUCAACCAUUUAUUUUGCGAAGAUCAAAAAGAGAUGUUGAAAAGCAACUAACAAAGAAAUAUGAACACGUGCUAAAGUGUCGUCUAUCUAGUCGGCAAAAGGCUAUGUACGAAGAUGUCAUAUUGCAGCCAGGAACCCAGGAAGCUCUUAAAAGUGGACAUUUUGUCAGUGUCCUUUACGUUCUGAUGCAGCUGCAAAGGAUUUGUAAUCACCCUGACCUGAUAAAUCCCAGGCUUACCAGCUCCUCAUAUGUAGCGGAGACAUUAGAAUAUGGAACUGCUUCUUUGGUCGUAAAUGCAUUAGAACGGGGUCUUUGGGAGGAUACAGACAUGUGUCUUUUUGAUCUGAUUGGGAUGGAAAAUAAAAUGACUCACUAUGAAGCACAAGUACUGCCAAAACAAAAGGUGACCAGAAAGCUUAUCGAAGAGAUCUACAACUCCCCUCAUCAUCCAGCCAGACCCAACCCAGUAAAGCUCAAACCAAGCAGGUUGUUUCAACCAGUUCAGUAUGGGCAAAAGCCUGAGGGCAGGACUGUUGUUUUUCCGAGUACUCAAGUACAACGGACAGUGACCACAGCAACAGUAACUCAGCAGGGACAAGUGCGAGGGCGAUCACCCAUUGCUACAGUAUCUGCAAAUCAAGCUGCAGCAGCACAGUUUCAGACAACUCAGGCUUCUACCAGUGCUCCAAGACACCAGCACACCACAGCAACUAGCACAGCCAAUUCUGUGAAACAGCAGGGUCAGACCACUGCACAUGCCUCACAGCUAGGCCAGACCCAGCCACAGGCCCCCUCGCACACCAUCCAACAAAGUGUGCUGCCUCAGAGGCUGGUACUGACCUCUCAGGCCCAGGCACGGUUGCCUAGCGGUGAGGUAGUAAAAAUAGCCCACCUGGCUUCCAUAGCAUCAGCACAAGGCAGAAUUGCGCAGCCAGAGACGCCUGUAACACUGCAGUUUCAAGGAAAUAAAUUUACUUUAUCACACAGCCAACUCCGCCAGCUUACAGCAGGGCAGCCUCUGCAGCUGCAAGGAAGUGUUCUUCAGAUUGUUUCAGCUCCAGGCCAGCAGUAUUUGCGGCCUCAGGGUCCAGUUGUCAUGCAGACAGUCUCUCAAGCUGGGACUGUUCAGAAUGCUCUGAAUGCUUUGGGAAACCAGCACCAAGCAGCUGUGCCAACUUCUACAACAGUAAGCCCACAAGUUUGUAUUCCAGGUAGAACUGCAGUUACUAACUUAACAUCAGGUGACACGGCAUCAGCUUUAAAACCUGCACCUAGCCAUAGUGGACAACCACAGGAAUCAUUUGAAGAAAAGAACAGGCUUCUGAAGGAGCGCCUGGAUAGACUAUAUUCUGGAAAUGAGCGUCGUUGUGCUAGAGCUCCAGUAUAUGGCAGAGACUUAUUGGGAAUUUGCUCUUUGAUUGGUGAGAGGAAGGGGCCACAACACUGUUCCACUGGGGACAACAAAUGGAGGUGGUCUGGCUUUGUGAACUGUUGUCUGUCUUUGCAUAUUUCCUGCUAUUUCUUUUCCUCCAGUCUGUUGAAAUGUUUUGCUGCAUUUUACAGGGCUCGCUGUGUGUUGCCAGCUGCAAUUGCUGCUCCUCCAUGUUUGUAUGUAGCAAAUCCUCCCCCUUCUUAUAGUCAUAAGAUGAAAGUCUUCAAGCACAAUCUUAAGCAGAAGGUAACUCCAUAUUUACAUGAACUGCAACAGAUUACGACUCCAUGCUUAUUACAGUUCCCUGACCUCCGACUGGUGCAGUAUGAUUCAGGAAAAUUGGAAGCUCUUGCGGUUUUGCUUCAGAAGUUGAAAGCUGAGGGACGCCGUGUGCUCAUUUUGUCUCAGAUGAUUCUAAUGUUAGAUAUACUGGAGCUGUUCUUGAAUUUCCAUUUUCUCACAUUUGUGAGAAUUGAUGAAUAUGCUAACCAUGAACAACGUCAGGAACUGAUGAAAAGUUUCAACAGAGACAAGCGCAUUUUCUGUGCCAUUCUUUCCUCUCACAGUCGUUCCACAGGUGUCAAUCUUGUGGAAGCAGACACUGUUGUGUUCUAUGAUAAUGAUUUAAACCCAGUGAUGGAUGCAAAGGCUCAGGAAUGGUGUGACAGAAUUGGGAGAUGCAAAGACAUCCACAUAUACAGGCUUGUAAGUGGUAAUUCUGUAGAAGAGAAGCUUCUGAAAAAUGGCACUAAGGAUUUGAUCCGAGAAGUAGCUGCUCAAGGAAAUGACUAUUCCAUGGCCUUUUUAACACAGGCUCCUCUGCAGGAGCUCUUUGAGGUUCAUUCUCCUAUGGAUGAUUCUGGUUUUAGAGUGAAAGCAGAAGAGUUUGUGGUACUUUCUCAGGAGCCCUCUCCAGCAGAAACAAUCUCCCCCAAGGUUGCAAGACCUUUUAUAGAGCUCUUUGAGGUUCAUUCUCCUAUGGAUGAUUCUGGUUUUAGAGUGAAAGCAGAAGAGUUUGUGGUACUUUCUCAGGAGCCCUCUCCAGCAGAAACAAUCUCCCCCAAGGUUGCAAGACCUUUUAUAGAGGCUCUCAACAGCAUAGAACAAGAAGAUGAAGAGCCAAAUAAACAUGUACAAGAUAUAGGAGCAGAAUCAAGCUUAGAACCAUUAAUUUCAGAACUGUGUGAGCCAAAGUACAAUGAUGAGCCCUCGCAGUUGCAGGAGUUAGUUGCUGUUGUGGAUCAGCUUACUCCAAUUGAGAAGUAUGCUUUGAAUUAUCUGGAGCUCUUCCAUGUUUCCACUGAUGAGAGUAAACCAAGAAUAAGUGAGGGGGAAUUGAAUGCUGCAAAAAAAGCAUGGGAAACUUAUCACCUGAACGAACUGAAAGAAAAGGAGGAAAAAAUGCUUUGGGAAGAAGAUGAUGAACUACUUACCUACACUCGGGAGGAUGCAUACAACAAGGAGUAUGUAUAUGAAGGUCCAGAUGGACAAACAGAAAUAAUGCCACUUUGGACUCCCCCUACCCCUCCUCAGGAUGAUAAUGACAUCUACAUUGAUUCUGUUAUGUGUUUGAUGUAUGAUACCACCCCAAUUCCAGAGUCUAAGUUGCCCCCAGUAUACGUCAGGAAGGAGCGUAAGCGUCACAAAACAGAUCCAUCUGUUGCAGGUAGAAAAAAGAAGCAGCGCCAUGGAGAGACUGUUAUCCCUCCUCGAUCACUUUUUGACAGAGCCACUCCAGGGAUGCUGAAAAUGCGACGAGAAGGCAAAGAACAGAAGAAGAACAUAUUGUUGAAACAGCAAACACAAUUUGCAAAGCCUUUGCCAACUCUUGUCAAACCGGUUGCUGAGGCUGGACAGGAUAAUCCUGAAUGGCUGAUUAGUGAAGACUGGGCACUACUUCAAGCAGUGAAGCAAUUACUGGAACUUCCUUUAAACCUUGCUGUCAUGUCACCGGCGCACACACCCAAUUGGGAUCUUGUUAGUGAUGUUGUUAACUCAUGUAGCCGAGUCUAUCGCUCACCUAAACAAUGCCGAAACCGAUAUGAAAAUGUCAUUAUUCCAAGAGAAGAAGGAAAAUUAAUGUAUGAAGCUAAUUCUAAAAAGAAGACAAAAAGCAUUUAUAAGACCAAAAAUAGUCGUCCACUUCGUACCAAUCAGAUCUACGCCCAAGAUGAGGGUGCAACCCACACGCAGCUUUAUACUAAUCAUUUUGAGAUGAUGAAAAUGAUUGCAGGAAAGAGAAGUCCCCCAAUCAAACCCCUACUUGGCAUGAAUCCUUUCCAGAAGAAUCCAAAGCAUGCUUCUGUGCUUGCAGAAAGUGGAAUCAACUAUGAUAAGCCACUUCCUCCAAUUCAGGUUGCAUCCCUCCGAGCUGAGCGUAUUGCAAAAGAGAAAAAGGCUUUGGCUGAACAGCAGAGAGCACAGCAGCAGUCGGGCCCACAGCCUCAGCAACAACAGCAAGCUGGGCAACAGCAAACACAGCAGUCAGCUAUACAGCAAGCACAAGCUCAGCCUCAACCACAGACUCAAGCACAGGUAGUUCAGCAGCCACAGGCAGUGGUACAGACUGCAGUAACCACUGUGGCCAACACGGCAGUAUUGGCUGGUGCAAUCAAAACAGCGGUCACUGGAACAAGUAUACAGACUGCUACUGUAAGUGGGAAUGUUAUAGUGAAUACAGUUGCUGGAGUCCCUGCUGCUACCUUUCAGCCUAUCAAUAAACGUCUCGCUUCACCUGUUAUACCUGGGACACUGACGACCUCAGGAGGUGGUACUUCUGCUCAGGUUGUGCAUACUCAGCAACGAACAGCAGCAGCACCAGAAUUGGUGACCAUAGCCUCUACCCAAGGUGUUCGAGCAGUAACAUCUGUGACAGCAUCAGCCGUGGUAACUACCAACCUAACUCCAGUACAGACCCAGGCAAGAUCCUUAGUGACUCAGGUUACACCAGCUACGCCAACAGUUCAACUCUCUGGCAAAGCAAUCACACCGACUCAAUUCCAGCUUCUCAGGCAGCAGCAGCAGCAGCAGGCUGCUCAGGUGCAGGUCCCACAGAUUCAGACCCAGGCGCAAGCCCAGUCUCCAGCCCAAAUAAAAACUGUAGGGAAGUUAUCACAGGAGCAGCUGAUCAAAUUGCAGAAACAGAAACUGCAGCUUCCUCAACAGCAAGCAGCACAACAACAGACACAACCAGGGACACAACAACAGACAACACAAGUACAAGUGCAACAGCAGCAACAAACUCAACAACUUACUGCUGUCACGGCACCCCGACCUGGAGCAGUACUUACGGGCACAACUGUGACAAACCUGCAGGUUGCUCGUCUUACUCGUGUUCCUGCUUCCCAGCUUCAAGCACAAGGACAGAUCCAGGCCCAAACACCUCAGGCAGCGCAGGUUACUUUGGCAAAGCCUCCAGUGGUGUCAGUUCCAGCUGCUGUCGUGUCAUCUGCAGGAGUAACCACUCUCCCUGUUACGGUUGCUGGGAUUAGUGUGGCGAUUGGACAGCCACAGAAAGCCGCAGGAGGACAGACAGUAGUGGCACAACCUCUGCAUGUUCAACAGCUGCUAAAACUGAAGCAUCAUCCAACAGGACAGCAACAGAAAGCCAUCCAGCCCCAAGUCGCACAAGGCCAAGCUACUGUACAGCAAAAGAUAAACGCUCAACAAGUUGCUGUCCAAUCCCAACAGCAGACUUCACAACAACAGAAAGUUACCUAUAGUGCACAGCCAGCCAUUAAAACCCAAUUCCUGACAACUCCAAUUCCUCAGGCCCAAAAACCCGGUGGAACCCAGCAAGUGCAGGCACAGAUACAGGUUGCCAAGCUUCCACAAGUGGUCCAGCAACAAACGACUGUUGCCAAUAUUCAGCAGAUGGUUUCGGUUUCCCAGCAGGUUCAGGCUCAGCCCCAAACUGUGACACUGUCUCAGACUACUGCUGGUCAACAGCAAGUCCAAGUGAUUCCAGCAACAACUGCUACAGCUCAAGUGGUCCAGCAGAAACUGAUACAGCAGCAAGUUGUUACAACAGCAUCUCCCCAAAUUCAAGCCCCGGGUGUACAGAAUACAGCCCAGGCACCAGUACCAUCUGAAGCCCAAAAUCAGCAAGCAAAAGUACAAAUGAGGACACCUACUGUCAGAUUGAAGGCACCCACCAAACCUAGUUGAAUUAAUGAUUAAAUUGCAAUAAGCAUGGAAAUACUACAUUUUGUGUUUUCUAAGCCAUGACAACAUGGUCAGGUUCUCUGCAGUUCCUCAUUCAAAUGAAGAUAAACCCCUUUCAUUUUCUAACAGAAGGAUUUUUGGCAGUGUACAUGUAUCAUAGAAACUCCCAAAAAGCUUCAGAAAAUGCUCGUAAAGUUCAUACGUGGCACAUUCUGCCCCAGCAAAAAGCAUUAUCUGUGCUUGCUCAAAACAUACAAUGCAAAUAUUUCCAUUUAAUUUCUGCCCAGCUUCACAAAAAAUAAAAUAGUGAUAUCCCUUAAAUAAUUUCAUCCAUAUAAUAUAUUGUAUAACUGCCAGUAAGAAUAUGCAGUCUUCUGCUAUAAUGUGUAUGAGCCUUUAAUAUCUAUUGCAAACACAUACCAAGAAGUAAGUAUAACUAGUGAAGCAGAGUGCUUUCUACCCAUCUGAAAGCUGCAUGUGGUUCUCAGUCGAGGUGAUCAUACCUCAGAGAAACCAAUUAUAUCUGAAGUUAUUCCUGUAGAGGUUAGCCAGUAAAUGUGAAAAUCUGUAAGUAUCUGUAAUUAAAAAGAAAAGAACCAUGUUUCAUCCAUUUUUGUAAGGCUUUUAAAAUGUUUGUUAGUAGUUUUGUGUACAGUUUAUUGAAGCACCCAUCUUGUACGCGCUCUCAUAUUUCACUUUAAGAUAAUGGAUAUUUUAGGCAUGUGUGCUGAAUACUGUAUUGAUAGUAGAUGUGUAUUAAAGUGUACCCCAUUUUUUGGUAAAAAAAUUGUUUAAUUGGUAUUUCUAACAGCCCUUAGUUGUUUCUUAUGAGACUUCCAAAUCAGACUAUCACAAGCAGAUGAAAUUUAACUCUAUUCUUGUGAUGUUUAAAUUUCAGUACUUUCUACUCAUCUAUCAACUUGGGGGAGUGGGAAAUAGAAAAUUUAAAUCUAAGACUAAUUCUUCAAUUGUGUAAUGAAUAAGAUCUAACUUUUAUACUAUUCUUUUACUAAAGCUAAAGGUGAAUGUAUCUUCAGGAGGGUAUUUUGGAUGCUAAUAGAGCCUGGCCUCUUCCUUUGCAUCAGUUUACCUUAUUGUUAUACCACAAAAUGAGCAAAAAGCUGCAUAGAACUGGGGUGGGAGACCUGCUAACUAUUUGCGGACUAUUUUUAAGAGAGGGUUCAAAAAGCUCUUGGUGGAUGAAUAGAUUUGUUUUAUUUUGGCCACAAAAUUGCAUGAUGCAGAAAUAAAAGUCAAUAAUAAUGGAAACAUUCAGUUCUGAAAAUCACCAACUUUUCCCUAUUCUUGCAGUCUUUUCAAUAUUUUAGGUGGGGAAGCUAAUUAAAAGAAAGAAAUAGUUCAUUUGUUUAUCUUUUAUUCUUAUGUCUGUAUAGUCAAACAGUAAGUAAUGGCUCAAGAGAAAUACAUAAGCAGCUCCUCUAUUCUAAAUAGGAAAUGUCUCAUUCAGUGAAGAUCCAGAAUGUAAACAAUAGGGUCAGGCAGAGUUCCUGAUUACUUUUUUUAAUCUCAUUGCCUCUUUUCUCCUGCAUUUUACUAUUUUUCUUGGUUCUCAGGUUGUUGGCUUUUUUAACUAAAUUUGUACUUGAGUAAACUAGCUAUGAGUUUUUAGAUUCCCCUGAUUUUAUCUGAGCCAGGGACAUUAGCUAAUCUUUAUUAGCAGCUCUGGAACACAAACUAAUAAAGUUGGCAGGGGAAUAGUUACAAUGUAAUUACAGCAGGAUAACUGACAUCAUGUAUGGUAUAUUAUUUCUUAUCCAAAAGUAUUACCUAGUAAGCCCCAAUUUUAUUUUCAAAUGUUCAGCUUUUAUGAAUUUGAAAGUUGGGGGAGACAGAACACUUGCAACAGUGGGGGAAAAAAACCUGCUGAUUACAUCAAUGUGUUGGUCUGAUUCAGUCUAAAGAAGCAUUUUUAGUUUUUUGUUAAGGUCAGUUAAUGAAGAUAAAAAUAAUUUUUUUCAUUGCUGCCCUCCCAAGAUGUUAGAAAGUCAACCUAUUUGUAAAUACCUUAUUGAACAUAAAUAUUUGUACUUGAGAAGUAGGAUUGUAAGGAACAGUGAUGU